AUGGAUGUCGCCGGUCCACCACGGAUGCCUCCCAAGGUAAAGAAAUCAAAUUGGUUCGAAGAUGAUAAGUUUCAAUUGGUUUACGAAAUCGAGAAACGAAAACGUAUAAUUAAGAACAAAUUUAACAACAAUAUUACAAAAGCUGCUAAAAGAAAAGCGUGGCAGGAGAUCGCAUCCGUGAUGAAUUCGCGGCAUCCAUCGACGCUGCGCACUGUGCCGCAACUCAAAAGGCAGUGGCAAAACCUCAAAUCUCGCAGCCGCGCUGAACUGACCCUCUCGAAGAGAGCAGACUCCACGACCGGCGCAGGGCGCAACGACCACACGCCGACACCGCUGGCUGAGGCUGUGCUGGCGGUCAUCGGUUCCACAAGCCCCAACCUUCUGGGUAUCGAAGGAGGCAUAGACACCGACGAGGCCAGCACAGCAUCAGUCAGCGUGCAGCCAACUACUAACGAAGUGGUUGGAGAGGACCGAGUCCUCAGCUACGAAGUUGAAGUGGACCCCGGGGUCGCAUUCCUCGAGGUGCCAGAGUCCGAAGAAACCCUGGACUACGAGCCUCCGGACUGGCCGCUGGACGAGGAUGAGGCACUUGUGGAGCCUGGUGCAGCAGCUGCGCUGCUACUUCGGGAGGGGCCUCCUCCUGCGGCAGGGGACCGCCUGAGGCAGCAGCUGCUGCUGAAGGGCGACCGGCACCACUAG